AUGGCCAAUGAUGGAGCGGCCGGGUCAUCAUCCUCGUCGACGCCGUGGAGGUGGGCAUCGUCAUCCUUGUCAGAAGAAGGAAUGUAUGAUGUUUUUCUGAACUUUAGAGGCGAAGACACAAGGUUUGCAUUCACAGAUUAUCUCCACUAUGCACUCUCCGAAAUCGGAAAGCUCAAAGUAUUCAGGGAUGAUCCGGGUCUGGAACUAGGUGACGAAAUUAAAUAUACUCUGAUGGAAGCCAUUAAAAGAUCCAGGAUUCAAAUUGUUGUGAUGAGUGAAAACUAUGUAUCUUCCGGAUGGUGCCUCCUGGAACUAGAGCAGAUGCUCAAGUACUCCGAUGAUGGAAACAAACGGUCCAUAAUCCCAGUAUUUUAUCGCGUGAAGCCUGCAGAAGUGAAUCGUCAGAGUAGCGACAAAUCCAAGGAAGCCAUGAAGAAACACCAAGAGAGAUACGGCAAACACAAGGCGGAGGCCUGGAAGUAUGAAACUCAGGUCAUUGGUGAGAUUGCUGAACAAGUCUUUGCAAAACAUCGAAAGAUCAAGCAACUAUUGGAUAAAUUUGAUUCUGAAUUUGAAGCGGUCGAACCACUUUUGAACCUUGAAUCUUGUGAUACUGUUCGUAUGGUGGGAAUUUAUGAAGAUCCUAAAAUAGGCAAAAGUUACAUAACAACAUUUGCAUUUGAGCUAUACUAUAAGAUCAAAUACAAGUUCAGAGCGGCAAGUUUUCUUGUUGAUGUUAGUAAACAGUUAAGGAAAAACACCGCUAAUGGCUUGGAAAAUCUCCACAAGGAGCUUCUUUCUGAUAUGGGUGUGGAAACCAUGCAGGAGUUGCAACAUAAGAGAGUGCUUCUGGUUCUGGAAGGGGUUAACAGUGACAAGCAUUUGGAGUUUCUAGUGGGAAUGGGAAUAGGUGAUUGGUUUGGUCUUGGUAGUAGGAUCAUCAUAACAACAGAAAACAAAGAUCUCUUUCAGAAUUAUCCUGUGAUGGAUGGUGUUGAGCUUAAGAUACAUUGCUUUCGCGAAGGUGAAUUCAGUGGCAGUAAUAGGAAUGUGAAGGAAAGGAAUGUUGUGAAAGAUUUCAUCGAUUUAAUUAAUCAACUGAGAGAAGAAAAUUCAAUGAGGAACAAUGUUGUUUCAAUUGUCAGUGAGAUAUUCACUUCCCGUGCAUUGGCAACUGUUUCCAAAGAUUAUAGAGAAAAAGAUGUUUUCUCAAGCCUUCAUCGUUCUUUGAUGCCAUCCACAGCUAUACCUGAAAAUGAAGAGGCUUUACAGGGGAAUGUGAGAAGGGCACUUCUAGUAUGGCCACACAUAUAG